AUAUGUCCCUUCGCGGACAUACAUCACAAAACCUGGGGACCAAGCCUGGUUUGGCUACAGAUGUUAUCAAGCCUCCAAAAAGAAAUACAGAUUGUGGCAAAGGUACAAAGCCAAUCCCACAAGGCAUAAUAAAAUAUGUACAAAAAUGCUUGCAAAGAAAUGACAGCCACCUGCAAAUGGGCCCGCAACAGAUGGCAAGAAGACACGAAGAGGAAACUGUCAACUCUGGGAGCAGGCAGCAAGGAGUGGUGGUCGCUCGUCAAGGAGUACCAAGGGGAAACCCGGGAAUCCACAAUACCUCCACUAACCCAGCCCGAUGGAACAACUGCAUCGAGUAAUCGGGAAAAAGCUAACCUUCUGGGAAGCUUAUUCAGCCGCAAAAUGACAGUGCCAGAUGCUAACAGGACACCUCCGGAGAUACCCUCAAUAUGCCAUGAGCAACUCCCUGGUCUUCAAAUCUGUUGCGUCAGAACAAAAGAGAUCCUUCAGAACCUAAACACAAAAAAGCACCAGGUUCAGAUGAUAUCAGCCCGCAAACUCUCCGCUGGUGUGCGGCUGAGUUAUCCCAGCCUUUAUCAUCUAUCUUCCAGUCGUGCAUCGAAGAAAGCUGCUGGCCCACCAUUUGGAAGGAAGCAAGAGUGAUCCCUCUUCAUAAAAAACAGUCAAAAACAAAUCCUGACAACUACCGACCCAUCUCUCUUCUGCCAUGCAUCAGUAAGGUAUUUGAGAAAAUAAUUGCUGAACAGCUCAUGGAACACCUGGAA